ACUUUUUAUGAUUUGGCCUCGUUUGGAAUGUUUGCAUAUUUCAUUAAAGUAAUGAAACAUCAGCAUCUGAUGUGGUAUAUAUUUACGUGAUAUUAUUUAUGGCCCCGUGAAUUUGUUAUUCGAAUGCUGAAGGGAAAUAGUCAAAUGAGUGAAAACGGAGAACUCCUCAAUGAAACUCCUUCCGAGUCGGAGAAGAUGGAUAUAAGUGAAAUAUCAGAUCAUCCUUCACCAGAAAGUGACGAGAGCCCCGGCGAGGCGGUGGACAACCAGGCGUCGCAGGGCCGGGGGCUGGACAACGCCCCGGCCCCAGUCACGGCCCCCAGCGCGACAGGCACAGCCAGCACGGCCGGCCGGCAGCGGCUGGACUCGGCGCUCAGCCUGGAGGGGCUGGACCUGGAGCUGCCCCCGCUGGAUGCCUACCAGGAGGAGUACGUGGAUUUCCCGAGCAGCCCGAAACACUUGAAAGAGUGUUUCGAAGCGAAUGGUGUUGCCCUCCCGCUGGAGGGAGAUUCAGGCACUGCUGGUCGCAGCGAGGAUGAGGAUGAGGAGGACACCUCCAUCUACCAGGCCGUGCUGUCUCCGGACUGUCGAGACGUGCGCCUGAGGAAAGAAAGGAUUGGUGAUGCAUUGGAAACAACAAGAGAUAUCAUUGAAGCGAUCCUGGCUGAGGAUGACAGCAACAUUGAAGAUGCCGAUGGAACCCCUCGGAACGAAGGUUCAGGGACUGGCUUGGGGGCAGAAUACAUUUCCAGGCGGUUGGUGAUGCCAAAUUUACACGAGCUGUCUCUUUCUGACGUGUACAACUCUGAUGGUAGGGGGCCCAAUGUAAGGCGUGAGAGUACAGAGGCACCAGGCUUCACCACGCCUCCACCUGCCGACAAGACUGAAAGUGGUCGUCACGUCUUGGACGAAAAUGGCGGAUUCAUCAUGGAAAGUCAUGAUUCUAGUUUGUCCCGGCAACAGAAUGGUAGCCAUGUAAUCAAAGGUUUAUUUUUCGAAAGCCCAUUGAGGAAUAUGGACUCGAGAAGAGUUCUGGCACCAGAGAGAGACCUGCUAGACAGCCCCAAAGAGGAGGAAGAAUCUGAAAACCCAUUCCGGGAACCUGCGAGGCAGCCGAUGGUCGACAAAAAGGAUGCGGUCUUGAAUGACUGCGAAGAAGUUGGCAACAGUAAGACAGACGACUACGGUGUUCCAGUUCCGUCUCCCCGCACUAAGCCGGUUCCGAAGACUAGAACCGUCAUGGCCGAUGGGUCGGGGAACUCCUCUAGCCAAGAGCGAGGUCCCGUUCUCGUACUAGACCCCUCGAAACUAGAUCUCAAACUGGCCAGGAGGACGCCACAGAUUAGCGACGAUGGUUCUGUGGAGAAACUGAAAGAGCGGCCCGGAACACUGGUGCCGCCCCAGCGAGGCGGGCGCCGCAAGAUACGGGUCAGCGAGGACAUCCUGCAAGGCCCCGCGGACGAGGGCGACGCGUCGUCCGGGGAGAGCCGGCUGUCGGACACCGACAUGGUGUCCCCGGACGACGCCGACCUCGACGAGCUCCUGAGCCCGGGCCUGGACACCCCUGAUGAGAUGGAGGACUCCAUCAUGGAGAGGCUGAGCGAGUCCCUGCCGCCUGCCGAGCCAAUACCGGAGCUGAGCGCGGCCGAGGAGAAGGCAGAGGCUCGCAACUGGCGCAGCUGCGUGAUCGCAGGCCUCGAGCGUCGCAUCGACAUGAAGGUCAUAGAACCCUACAAGAGGGUGUUGUCGCAUGGAGGGUAUCUAAAUGAAGGAUCGCACAAUGCCAUCAUUGUGUUCAGUGCCUGCUACCUGCCAGACAGAAGUCGAGUGGACUACGACUAUGUUAUGGACAACCUCUUCCUGUACGUGCUGACGACCUUGGACCAGCUGAUCACGGAGGACUACGUGCUGGUGUACCUGCACGGCGCCACGCCCCGCGGCUCCAUGCCCACCUUCUCCUGGCUGAAGCGCUGCUACCAGAUGAUCGACCGGCGCCUGCGCAAGAACCUCAAGAAGCUGUACCUGGUGCACCCCACCUUCUGGCUCAAGACCAUCGUCAUCAUGACGCGCCCCUUCGUCAGCUCCAAGUUCACGCGCAAGCUGGCGUUCGUGGAGACGCUGGGCGACCUGGCGGACGUGCUGCCCCUGGAGCAGGCCAGCCUCCCGGACCGCGUCAAGCAAUUGGAUAAUGAACUAGAAUGUCGCAGAAAGAAACCUGACAUGCUGAGGAGUGAAAGGGACAAGUUCGGGGACACUAUCCGCUGACUGCUGCAGUUGGCCAAUCAUGUGCAAUACUGUCUUGAAGGGGAGGUGAAUGUGGUAGUCAUUGGACUAAACCUCGCACUCUCUAAGCUGCAUUUAUUAGAAUAGUGAUGUAUCAUCCCACCUCUAAUCCUGAUGCUUUCCUUCAUCUUUGGUAUUGUGUAUUGAGUUCUCGCACACUCAGGUCCAUAACUGUUGAAUAUCUGCUUAUAUGUGAGUACUGUACUUAAGUUAAGGGCUUAUAUUAAUUGUCUGUAAGUGAAACUUAAUAACAGCAUAAACUAAGGCUAAGUGACUUAAUUUACUUUAUUUUAUUUUGUCAUAAUUUUGUAAUUUUAAUUUUGGUUAGAUGCCCUACCUAGUGUUUGUAUUAGCAUAAAUAAUGCUUGUAUUGUUCUCACCUAAUUCUGCGAAGGGACUUUUAUGCAGCAUUUGUUUCAUAAUAGACAUCACUUGUAUGUUAUUUGUUACAUUUACUAGUCUUUCUUUACUGUGUUAUUAAUUUAAUAUUUAUUGUGUAUGAAAGUUAUAUGAUAGAAAAAUAUAUAUGUAUGCAUUUAUAUGUACAUAUAAUGAAUGCUGGGUCUAAGAUAUAUUUGUACAGUAGAAGGGUACAGUACCAAUGAAUUUUUAAUGUUUUUUUUAUUGUUACUAGAGUGCUUUACAGUAUUGUUUUUAUGGCGUUCAUUAAUGCAAUCAUGUAACUGUCCAUGAAACUGCAAUAUAUAUGUUCUUAGCCUGUAUCAUUGCAUGUGAACAUGUACUUAAAAUGCAAUUUCAACAUUUGUAAAGAAUGUUUUGCAUCAUAACGUUAUUGUAUUUAGGCCUCUGUGUGCUUGUUUUACUAGAGAACACUUCAAAAGUGUUGCAUAUUUAUGUAAUAAAAUUUUUAAAAAAAGUGGUUUAGCACCAUUUAAAAUUUUUCAUUGUUUUAGUUUUAAAAAAAAAGAAAAUAAUUAUAUUUUUGCAACACA